AUGGCCGACCCCACCGAUCUAAAUCUCGACGCGCCUAGCGACCUUCAGGACAUUCCUGAUAUGCCAAUGCAGCAGUUGGUUCCUCCUCCGGAAGGCACCUAUCCUGACAAGGACACGCUGCUUCAAGCCGUGCAAGGCCAUGGAAAAGCCCAUGGGUACAAUGUGGUCGUCAAGUCCUCGAGCACUCCAACCGAAAAGAAGCCCGGACGCACCGCCAAGGUAUGGCUACGGUGCGAUCGCGGUGGACACUAUCGUCCGCGAAAUGGUCUGACGGAGGAGACAAGGAAACGACGCAGAACGUCGCGAUUAAUGGAUUGUCCAUUCAUGCUGGUAGCAGCUGGUACUCCUGGCAUUUGGACAUUGACCGUUUUGAACCCGACGCACAACCAUGGCCCGAUUGUCGAAAAGCCCCGACAGGUGCCCCAUCACAAGGUGCGAAAGGGCCAGAUUGCGGCCAUUCCGUACGAUUGGCCACAUGAUGCCACUCUCACACCUUAUACGACGGCAUUGGUGGUGGUCGACAUGCAAAAGGACUUCUGCGCAUCAGGUGGCUACAUGGAGUAUCAAGGAUACGACAUUUCUGCUUCCCAAGCUAUCGUUCCCCGGAUCCAGCAUUUACUAAACACUUUCCGCUCAGCUGGAUUCCCAAUCUACCACACAAGAGAAGGUAACACGAUCAUCCGAAGAAUUCUGACAGUCGUUGACUUGCCAGGCCACCGUCCCGAUUUAUCCACUUUAUCCAGUCGAGAAACCUAUCGGUCCAGGAAUAAUGCCUCGGGGCUCGGGAUCGGAUCCCCUGGCCCGCUGGGGCGGCUCCUGAUCCGCGGAGAAGUGGGCCAUGACACGAUAGACGAAUUGUACCCAAUCCCGGGUGAACCGGUCAUCGACAAGCCUGGGAAGGGCGCCUUUUCAUACACGGAUUUUGAACUUCUACUCCGAAACAAGGGAAUCAAGAACCUUGUCUUCACAGGAGUCACCACAGACGUGUGUAUAUCCACGACCAUGCGCGAAGCCAACGAUCGAGGAUUCGACUGUGUCGUGAUGGAAGAUGCCACUGCGGCUAGUGAUCCAUCUCUUCACAUCAGCGCCUUGGAAUCAGUCAAGAUGGAGGGUGGAAUCUUUGGCACAGUAGCCAAGACAGAAGAUUUGGUGCACGCGGUUGAGAAUUUCAAAGCCAUCACUGUGAAGAAGCUGGCACCACAGAUGACGGGUUGA